AUGGUACUGCGCGUUGGGAAGUCCAAGGCCCUUCCCAGGUACUUCCAAGUUGGUACAGUUGUUGAGCCUGCAUCUGAGUUCUACUCAGGUAGGCUGACGAAGAGGGAGCGAAAAACAACAUUGGUUGAUGAGCUGUUAUCGGAUCAAUCUCUUAAGAGCUACAGGAAGCGCAAGGUACGGGAAAUCCAGGAGAGUCGUACGCCAGGAGGCAACCAAAAGUGGAAGAACAAGGGGAAGCAAACACUUAAGAGGACCAAGGAUAGGCGAAAAUGAGAUUGGUGUGUCACCUGCUUCGGUCGUGAGAAAGAAGAGUGGAGAAUUGGACGAAGGUUCACCUCCCUCAGUAUAAAUUGUGAUUCCAGUGUAAUGUGGUGAACUUCAGCAGCAUGUUGUCUGGACUACAGUACUCUGCAUUCUGCAAUUCGGUUAACUACGUGGAAGUGCAUAACUAUUUUCUCAUGUCAUCGCUGGUUAAUUGAUUAUUUGUAAUCAAUCGGUCCAAUGUGGCUACGGCGUCCCAUCCCUACAAAUGUAGAAAAAGAGAAUCCAUUCUCUUGAAGUA